CCAUGAAUAUUAUGGAUCCAGUCCCAAUACUUCUAUCAAUUCUUCUAUGUCUUUUUGUGGCAAUUCUUAUUUAUGGACGCAAGAGAAAUAUUUAUCACAAUUUUCCUCCUGGACCUAAACCUUUACCAAUCAUCGGAAACCUGCACAUUUUUAAUAUGAAGAAACCUUAUAAAACACUACAUCAGCUUUCUGAGAAGUACGGCUCAGUGUACAGUGUACAGAUAGGAGAGGAGAAGAUGGUCGUCCUGACCGGAUAUGAGACGGUGAAAGAUGCCCUGGUAAACCAUGCGGAUGAGUUUUCUGGAAGACCAAGAGUGCCACUUUUCCAUGAUGUACUUAAAGGACAUGGAGUCAUUUUUUCUCAAGAUGAGAACUGGAAGGUGAUGAGACGGUUCACUCUUUCAACUCUACGAGAUUUUGGGAUGGGCAAGAAAACCAUUGAAAACAGAAUUACUGAAGAAAGUGAAUAUUUAAUGAAAAAGAUCAACUCCUACCAAGGCAAACCAUUUGAUAAUACCAAGAUUUUAAAUGCUGCUGUUGUAAACAUAAUCGUGUCCAUAUUACUCAGUCAUCGAUUUGAUUAUGAAGAUCCAAAACUUUUGAGGCUGAUGAAAGUUGUCAAUGAGAAUUUAAAAUUAGUUGGCAGCCCAGUGGCCAUGUUGUACAACGCCUUUCCGUCGGUGAUGCGCUGGUUUCCUGGAUUUCUCAAAACCAUUAUAAAGAACUUAAAUGAAAUGCACCAUUUCAUAAGAGAGACUUUCACCACCCAAAAGAAACAGUUGGAUGUUAAUGACCAGAGGAAUCUUAUCGACAAGUUCCUGGUGAAACAACAGGAGGAAAAACCUAAUCCCGAGCUUUAUUUCACCAAUGAAAAUCUCAUAGCACUUGUGGCCGAUCUCUUUGUUGCUGGAAUGGAGACGACCUCUACCACUCUGAGAUGGGGUCUUCUGUUGAUGAUGAAAUACCCUCAAAUCCAAAGGAAAGUCCAAAGUGAGAUUGAAAAAGUUAUCGGCUCAGCGGAGCCCCAGGCUGCUCAUCGUAAGGAUAUGCCCUAUACUGACGCUGUUAUUCAUGAAGUUCAGAGAUUUGGAAAUAUAGUUCCGAAUAAUCUCCCACAUGCUACUACUCAGGACGUCACAUUCCGAGGGUAUUUUCUACCAAAGGGGACGCACAUAAUCCCACUGCUGACGUCAGUGCUGUAUGACAAGGAUUACUUUGAAAAACCAGAAGAGUUUUACCCGGAACAUUUUCUGGACGCAAGCGGCAACUUCGUGAAGAAUGAAGGAUUCAUGCCUUUCUCAGCUGGUAAGAGAAGUUGUGCCGGUGAGAAUUUGGCCAAAAUGGAGCUCUUCAUGUUCUUCACGAAGCUGCUGCAGAACUUCACCUUCCAGGCUCCUCCAGGGGCCACACUGGACUUGAACCCUGCACCUGGGAUUACAAGCUCUCCUAUGAGUUACAUGAUUUGUGCUGUGCCUCGUACAUGA